GUGACGAAGGUGAAAUUUUGGAUGGGGCACUUCGGGUCCAGCACGCCGAAGAGACACUACAUGUAUUCCAACAGCUUGCAGAUUCAUCUCUUGAACAAAGGAAAGUUGUCCCUUGCCCGCUACACAAACAACAACAAGACCGCGAAGUACUUUGUUGACAAGAACAACGUGAAGAGGUUUACGGGUACAAAGUACCUUCGUGGAACCGAGCGGUACCCAGUGGCAUUCGCAAACGAGAUGGUCCGUAUCUGCGAGAUCCUGAAGGCCGAUGACGAUGUGGACAAGGAUGAGCUGGACGAUGCUUCUCCUGGGGAGAUCCUGGCCCUCCUACAGGGAGUUAUGUGCAUCAAGGAUGACCCGUAUCAACAGGUGGAGGAAGCAACCCACAGAGCGGCUGCUGAGAGCAGCCAAAGCCAGGACGAGUGGAAGACCGGUAACAAGACCCAGAUAGCCCGCACCCUACAGGACGCCAACUUUGACCGAGCAAACUUUAUCAGCCGCAUGGAGAUCACGAUCAAGCGCAAGAAUGAGAAGGAGGUCUUUGUGGACGAGGGUUGGUACAGUAAGCAGGAAAUGAUGACGGAUCUUGGUUGGCAGAACAUGUAUGACAAGGAGUGGGAGUACUGGGUGAAAGUUCGUGAACACGGCAAGCGACGACAAGCUAUGUCGUACGAGGAAAACUUCAAGAAACUGAAGGAGGGCGACGACAUUCCUGAUGACCUGGGUGCCAUCGAGAAGAAUCUCAACAACUUCGAUAUGGACUUGGACCCCGUGCGCGAACCCUUGUCAGAUGCGCCGCCGGACCCCUCAGCCCACAAGUUUGCCCAGUCCAAAGAAACUCUGGAGAAGUUCACCAACUCCGUCAUGACAAAGAUCGGCAAACUACGAUCGCUUGUGAAAGAUCUUAAGACCAACUACAAAAACAGCGUGGAUGCCCAACAGGCAGUCAGCAGCCUCGAGACUGCUGUCAAGGCUGCGGAGACACAGUACGAUGCUCUCAAUGAACUCAAGACCCAAGUGGGCAUGCUCGGAAUGAACAACGAGCUGCAUGGCAAGGUGGAGGAAAAAAUGAAGCAGUCCACGCUGGUGUGCAGUCGUGCGGCAGCUACCGAAGCGAAGAUUCGGACGGCCCGGCGAAGCUUUCAGAAGUCUGCGACUGCGGAUGAGAAGCAGAAGCCGAACAACAGCGGCAAAACCAAGUCCCCGAAGAAUGACAGUGAGAAACCCGCUGCAAAGAAGGGUGGCAGUGGCAAUCGGCACUGCCUUCUGAUGUGCAAUUCAGAUUUCUGUGAAUCCGUCCAACAUGCCAAGAUGCAGCGGGGCUCCACUGCUGCUAGCCAUACAGUACGUGGGCUCAGCAGCGACAUUGGCGAGGGGGCUCGUUCUUCAGCACAACAUCAGAGCAUCAAGAGCAUUGAGCACAACUCUUCUUUGGGUAAAGACCGCAAUCUUCGCGAUCAGUUGGAUGCAUCACUGAGAUUCGCUGAAAUUCACAAGCGAUGCCUUGAGAUUCAGUGCAUUUCCUUCAAUUUGCCACCGAUGGGUUCUACUGCCGGCAAGGUUUUGAAGCAUGCAACAACCGAGGUGGAAAGACUUUUCAAAGCGCAGGAACCGCUGAUCUUCAAGCUGGGUUACACUCAUAACCCGGCAUUUCGGUGGUCCAAUGCCAUAUACGGGUACAAGAACGAUCGUGCUCGAUGGUCGAAUAUGAUGGUUCUGUUCGUUUCUCCGGAACCAUGUGGACCUGCGAUGCUCGAAGCUUGCCUAAUCGACAAAUUCGUCAGUCGACAAGGAUGUCGAAACGUCAAGUCUGGUGGUGACACGGUGCAAGCUUCCUCGCUCGACUCAGAAGAUCGCUUCAUGACAUACAUAGUGUACAGAGUUUUGUACAGUAAGAAGUUUCACGACUGCGUUUCGAGCAAGGCCUCUGCCACAUCGGCAAUCCGGACUGCGAGAAACGUGGUCAAGGACGUUGGUUUGGAGAAGGCUCGUGGCAUAGGCGGCUUGCUUCCGCUAGCGCGAAUUUCGCAAACUCAUAGCGAAAAGGGAGCGCAUUCUUUGCUUUCGAAGAAGCUCGGCCUCGCUUUACAGAUUCCUUUGUCAGAGACACCAUGCGAACAAGCAGAUGGAGAGCCGCCGAACCGAUUUCAAAGGAUUAGUAUGGUGGACUGGGCCCGCUAUUUUUCCAAGCAUGGUCACUGGCACAUUUUAGCUGGCUUGCGCAAACCUGACGAAGCUCGCGAGGGGAGGAUCUGGAAAACCUGGUGGGAGCGGUAUCGACUCUACGAGCCUUCACACCCGAUUUUUCAAGCUGCUGACGCGAACAAAAUAGAUCUAAGCAAGACCAUCAGGGUCCUUCUUCACGGGGACGAGGGCCGCGGCCGCCGCCGCGCAGCAUUUUUUAUCUUGAGUUUUCAUUCAAUCUUGGGAAGAGGCACACUUCAGUCCUUGGGAAAGACAGACAAGGAGUUGCAUUCAUCUACCAAGAAGGUCCGGAAAUCGUACUUGAAGAUGAACUUGAACUUUGUCGGACAUUCGUACACGAAUCGAUUUGUCACCGCAGUACUUCCUCGAGCAGCUUAUGGUGAAAGCGACAAGCAUUUCUAUGACGCGUUGUCCGCGGCCUAUGAUGAUGCAAAAUAUUUGGAGACCGUGGGCGUGCAAAAUAGGCAAGGCGAUCGACGCUGGUUGUGCCUCCUGAAGACCGUAGGCGAUUGGCCUUUUUUGGCCAAGGCCGGGCGUUUGCAGAGAACAUAUGCUAGCAGUGUGAAGCAAGUCAACCAGGCAGAGUCGGGAAUCUGUCACCGCUGCGAAGCGGGGUUUCCCCAUGCUCCAUUUGAGCAGAUCGGAACAAGGCGGCCGGCAUGGUUGCGCACAGUCAACGCGUCGUCCCCUUUUUUAUUGGGUUCCUGGCCUCCAGCUGUUAGGCUUGUGGACAACACGGACCGCCUUGCCGAGCAUUUCGCAUUCGACUUGUUUCAUACAUUUCAUUUGGGAGCGGGCAAGGAAAUGUAUUGGCGAUCCUAUCAAAUUUGGAAAGCGGAAACGUGGAGCAAAGGUUUCAGCAGUUGA